AUGCAUCCCAUUGGCGUGUGUGGAAUUUUGUUUUUUGUCUUGCUGGGACACGCAGUGCUGCGGCAGGAGUACUUCAGUCAACUUUAUCUCUCCUCUCUGGAGGUGGGUACAGCGAUCCGAGCCUUGGUGCUGGAGAAGUCUCUGGCGUUGCCGUUGGCGCAGCGCACCCUCACGAAAGGCGAAGUCAUUCACCUUAUUACAGUUGACGCCUCACGCUGCAGUCAAACGUUAAUGCAGCUGCAUCAAUCCUGGAGGUGCCCGUGCUUUGCGGCUGCCUCACUUUACAUUUUACACAUGCACGUCGGCCUCGUUCCGACUCUCGUAGCGCUGCUCAUUAUUAUUAUUGCGGCCCCGCUACAGCUAGAGGCGGGGAGGGAGGUGCAGGUGACACAGCAGCGGUGCACGUCCCGUACGGCGGACCGGGUGGAGCUCGUCGGAGAGGCUGUGGCCUAUAUGCGACAGGUGAAGGCAAUGGGCGCAGAACAUAUGUAUCUUAACGGUAUCCACCUCGCACGUCAGGCUGAAACAAAAGAUGAGGUUGGCGCCAUGCAGGCAGUAACACAUUCGGCCUGCCUGGCAGACGGGAUCGGGGUGCUGCUCACAUCUGCCUGCUAUACAGCUUACUACCUCACUGGCAGGCCGCUCACGGCGCGCGUGGUGGUACCAGCACUUGUUGUACUAAAUCUUUUGCGUGCUGCCGUUAAUGAAUGGCCGGUGCUUGUGGCAGCCAUUCCACGUGGGUUUGCGUCAUUUCGACGCAUUGAGGCCUAUCUUCAACAGGCCCCAGAUGAGUUCUUGGGCACGUGGGUCGACGUGACGGCGGACUGGUCGCACAGGCGCGGUACUGUUAUUUGUCAGGGCUGCUCCUUCACAUGGCAGGACGACGGCACCCGUGAGCCCCCAACGCCCGUGUUGCGGAAUGUAAACAUGUUUUUAAAGCCUAGGGAGCUGGUGGUGGUGCAAGGCUCACUCGGCGUAGGGAAGAGUACGCUGCUGCUGGCGAUACUCGGCGAAGUAAACUGCUGUUGCACUACCACCGCUUUAGCAGCAAUUUCCGCCGAAGAUAAAUCUCCCACAACGUUGAACCCUGACGGGGCCGCUGCGAGUGUCUAUAUCCCUCCCUUUUUCCCCAACGUGACCACGCAGGGAACGCGUGUUCAAUUUGGGGCUGUUAAGCAAUCCACGGACGGCUUUGCCGUCUUUGGACGCUCCGCCUACUGCUCGGAGACACCUUGGCUACAAAACGACACAAUACGGGGAAACAUUAUUCAAGGCAGUGUGUACAACGCACGGUGGUAUCACGCCGUCACGCAGGCGUGCGCCCUCCACGAAGACUUUGCUACAUUUGCUAAGGGUGAUGAGUCGGUGGUGGGGGACAAGGGCAUGCAACUCUCUGCGGGGCAGCGAGUACGUGUGGCCUUGGCGCGUGCGUUGUAUUCACGCGCAGACGUGUACGUGCUCGACAACGUUCUUGCCUAUCUGGAUGCUCGUCUGCAGUCACAUAUCAUUGAUCAAGUGUUCCAUGGUAUCCUGCGGAACCGCACCGUUAUUCUCGCCACGUACGUUGGCCUUGCUCGGUUAAAGCCAAGUCGAUUCUUCACAAUUCACCAGGACGGUACGGUUGUGGAGUCGAUGGGUGCGCAGCAGUCGGCGCACCUAUACGCGGUGGAGUGCGAGGAACCAGCGGUGUCCAGCGAGUGCGAGUCCGAUGAGGAAGACGCUGAUGAGGGUGAUGCGAGCAGCGGCGAUUUCCCCAAUAAUAGUGGCAGCACGCACGGCCUGGGGUGCAGCCAACUCAAGCAUGGAUCCGCCUACCUGCAACGUUUCCUUUCCUUUAUGGGCCCCGGUUUACUUUGGCUUUUGCUUACUAGUGUGGCACAGCACGUACUGCAGGUGGGCAAAGACGUGUGGCUGAGUCUUUGGAUCUCAACAAAGCCUACUAGUUCCGUGGUGUUCCUGUUGCUGUAUUUUCUUAUUGGAAGCACCGCCGCUCUGUGCACCAUCCCGCGCAUGCGGGUCUUUUUUUACGCCGUGCGGAGCUCAAUCAACCACAUCCAUUUUCUGGCGAUUGAGCGCAUGUUUAGUGCUCCUGUUUCGUAUUUUGAUGCGAAUUCCGGAAGCACCAUCACUGGGAUAUUCUCCCGCGACCAGGAAACUGCCGACCACAGCGUUGGUGAGUCCCUUGACGCCAUCACCACUGGUGUUUUACGGAUGUUAGCCAUCGCGCUCUUUAAUGCGGUGGUGAACCCGUGGUUUCUGGCGAUUAUUCCACUAAUGGUCAUGAUGUUCUAUCACGUGGUGGAGCUGUACUUGACCGUCGUCGGACGACUGCGUCGCCUUGAGAAUCGAUCGGUUCGCGGCCCUGUUGCUAUUUUGCGUGAGGCGCUUGAUGGCACCCCUGUCAUACGUUGCAUGGGGUUGAAGGACAGCUUUCGCGAGGAGUUCUGCAAGGCGAUGGACGUGGCAAACACGGCGAGCAUGAUUGGCCACAUGGCCGACUGCUGGGUGGGGCUGCGACUCGAACUCAUCACGGUGCUCAUGACAACAGCGGCUGCACUCCUUGGGGUGUUCUUCGCUGCGUACCUCAUGCCACCGGCGUUUGCCGCCGUUGCUCUGGUGUCCUGUCUGCAGACCUCCACGACACUGCUGCUGCUGUGCCGCAGUGCCAGUGCCUUCCAGUUGCAGUUUGUGAGCGUGGAGCAGCUUCUGGAGUUGCAGGAGGCACCCGAGGAGCCGCUCACGGUGUUGCCCGCGACGUCCAUAACAGUUGACAGCCGUGCGGGGGAGCAGAAUACCGAUUUCACACCACUUGGGGGUCUAUGUGUCCCCCAGUCCCUUUCCAUUGAGCAGCAGACAAAAAUGGUGGCAACUGAGGCUGGCGCAGAAGUUAUGCUGAGACCGGUUGUGGAGUUGAUAAACGUGUCAGCGAAGUACCGCGUCUCCCUCCCGUACGCAUUACGCAAUGUGAAUCUGGUAAUAUAUGAGCGGGAGCGGGUGGGUAUCAUUGGUCGAUCAGGAAACGGCAAGUCGACGCUAUUUAAUGUGUUGCUGCGACUUGUUGACGUCAUUGAGGGGGGCGGCGUGUACGUGCGUGGCAUUAAUGCGAGUCUGAUGCCGUACCCCGUGCUUCGGCAGUGCUUCAUACUGGUGCUGCAGGAUCCACUUGUCGUGAAGGGUACCUGGCGCACAAAUCUUCAGCUAGGCACUUCGGAGACGGUGCCAGACGGGAGGCUUUGGUCUGCACUGCACGCUGUUGGCCUUGAUACCAUCGCCGCCCAGUACGGUGGCCUGGACGCGGCAUUGCACCAAGAGGGAGCCGGCGGCGUCCGACUCUCUCCAGGGCAGCGGCAACUUCUCUGUCUGGCACGUGCCGUGCUGCGGAAGCCGCAAUUUCUACUUUUUGACGAGUUGCCCGGCUCUGGCAUCGCGGAAACGGAGAGCGCGAUAGUGCGGGUUCUGGCCGAUGAGCUGUUGGACUGCACCGUUCUGCUUAUUGUCCACAGCGUGCAAACCCUUGAGACCCUCUGCACGCGCGUGGUCGUGAUGGAUCAAGGCGUCGUAUCGCAGGUGUUUCCAAUGGUGGGUCGCGCGAGAGCCCAAGCCGCGAUAAAGAAGAGGCUCGAAUUGUUAGUGGAGUGA